CAAUUUGUACGUCACAAGCACACCGACAGGUCCAGCACUCAGCUGACGGUCAGCCUAGCUAGCUAUACAAAGCCCACAAAUUUAACGAGCUCAAAGAAUUCAUACUUCGACCGCAUUACUGGUGUUCGCCUUUAUUUUCAGCGCUUGAUGUCCCAGUCAGCAGCAGCUUCUCUAGUGACCACAGAUCCCACUCUCACCAGUGCUGUCGUCCAGGCCACAGCAGAGUCAUCCACCAGCGACCUCGUUUCUGCUCAUAGUGCCAGUCCCGUAGUAGCGUUCAUAAUCGGUCUAGCGAUCAUUUUACUUGCUUCUAUCCUGAAUGCUGCAGGUCUAAAUAUCACAAAGUUGGAUCAUGUGCGGACGAGCACCAUUCCAAAGUCAGCCCGCAAGCGAGACUGGCUGAGACCGCUAUGGCUCCUGGGCAUGGUUUUAUAUAUUUUAUCUCAGCUCAUCGGGAGCACGCUUGCCUUGGAUUAUAUGAGGGCAGAAUAUGUCGCCCCCCUCGGAUCUACAUCUCUCAUCUUUAAUUUCCUCUUCGCUAGAUUUUUAAUUGGUACACCAGUCACACAAACGGAUAUCUAUGGUACGAUGACCGUAGUACUUGGGGUCAUCGGUAUCGUUGCCUUCGGAGCUAUCAACAGUGGUCUGUCGACGGAAACGGAUGUCAACCAUCUCACAGCUUUAUGGCGACGUGGUGGUUGGCUCGGAUUCUUCUUCUGCAUGUCGGUUGCGCUCAUUCUCGUCCUCAUUUUCACAAAUUCCCUCGAUGAUGUCCUCGCUGCACGGUCAGACCUGGACUCAGAACCCUUUGCGGGUAUGAGCGCACGGAGGUCACCCACCUCGAGCACUACUUACCUCGGAAAAGCCAAGAACAGCUGGAAUGCAUGGAUGUUAUGGGUUAAGGAAAAGUUGGAGAUGUGGACUGCGCCUCAGGAUGAUAAGCAAGUUGCGUGGGUGCUUGGAAUUGGCUGGGCGUGCUGUGGAGGUGGACUUGCUGGAGUGUGUCUGGUUUUUGCUAAAGCCACCGUGAAGUUACUCACUGGAAGCCUCUCGCAUGAAAACCCCGGAAACCAGUUCGGACACGUAGCACCUAUAUUCACAAUCAUUUUGCUCGUGAUCACGGCUGUACUUCAGAUCAUUUGUCUCAACCGUGGACUCAAGGUCUUCGACUCCACUCUCGUCGUCCCAGUCUUCUACGGUGUCUACACUGCAACUGGUUUUCUGGACUCGUUGGUAUUCAAUAACGAAGUUGACGCCUACAAGCCAUGGAUACUCUUCUUGAUCUUCGCCUCCAUAAUGAUUCUCAUAUCUGGUGUGGUCCUCCUGACGCAUAAAAAACCUGAACGAUCAACUCGUGCACCUGCUACCACAACACUAUCUGGCUUGUCGUCUCGCAAGGCUGCUCGGUCAUCUUCCAAGGUCAAUCGUAUAGUCGAGGAGGACGAAGAUGAUGAUGAAGAGCAAGCCUUGAGACAAACAGAAGAAGGUGAGGAGGACCGGGCGGUACUGUGGCAAGUGGGAGAUGAUAGCGAUGACGAAGACGACCAACUCGGUAAGGGGCAUACGCCAAGAGGCGUCCACACAGCUGGCAACACGACCCUUGUUACCGGAGAAGGGUCAAGGUUGAUGCGAAAUGAAGAUGAAGUGGUAUUCGAACCAAGACACGAACACGUUCACUCGAUUUCCUCAGACACAACGCUGGCUCAGAGCCCGGAGGAUCCAUUCCACGACGAUGACGACGAGUUUGGACAGUGGAAAUGAUGGAUACCGUUCAUGAUACAACCUCAUACCCGUUGGACUGCACAUAUAUGCAUUAUGGUUUAUAAUUGCUUCAUAGUAGAUACUUUACUACCGGAACACUACAUUCGCACGCGUCUAAUGUAUACUUGCUUGCUUUGCGACAGGCCU